ACAUUGAAAUCGACCCUCGCAAAACAGCAGACUGAUGAGAUUAGCAAUCACUAUCUACUAAAGUGUCUAUACUACGCGAAUCUCGAGCAUGGCCAACGCGCUACGGACAUCCAGCGUGGUUCCGGCCCAGCUCGGUUUCCUAGCCAUCUACAACCCCAGCUUGGGCACGACCGACGAGACCGUCGAUGACCAGAUUGUCUACUAUGCCUCGGCCAGCACCUUGUCGAAUGCAAAGGAACGCCGCCGCCUCCUGCGCGCCGCCAAGGACGGCCGCCCAACCGACAGCAUCUCCAGCGAGGAGCGCAACGAGCGUCUCAGGCAGAUAGGCCUCGCCCAGGGCAUGGUUGAGUUUGCCAGGAGCUUUUCCGGUGGCAAAGCCGUCGACUCGAUCGACACGGAGCGCGCCCGCGUGGUGCUGCAUGAGCUGGAACCGGGCUGGUGGAUUCUCGCUUCCAUCGACCUCACUCGCCUCCCCCUUUCGCCAAGCAAGACACCAGCCACCCCUCCCACCUCAUCUCCGCCGCCGGCUCAAGCCCGCGGCACUGCUCCUCAGCAAACCCGUCCUCCCGAGUACGAGUACUCGGCUCGUGAGGUCAAGCCGCCCGCCCUCCUGCUCCGCGACCUCCUCCGCGCCCACGCCCUCUUCCUCCUGCACCACGGCCCCUCCCUCUCCGCCCUCUACUCCGCCCUCCCGCGCCCACAGUUCGGCGUUGCCCUGGCUCGCUACUGGGACUCCUUCCUGCUCACCUGGAACGUCCUGCUGCACGGUAAUCCGGCCCGAGACGUGCUGGGAGGCAUCAAGGUCGCCGCCUCCGGUGAGCUGGGCAUGGGCGUCGGCGAGGAGGACAGGGGGAGCGGGGAGCGCGAGGUGCUCGAGGGGAUGGCGGGAGGAGCGGUGGCCGGGUUGGUCGAUCUGGUCGUCGGGAGGUUUGGCGAUGCGGGCGCGGCCGAGAAGGAGGGAACGAGGACAUGGCAUGCCGGCGGUGCGGGGAGCGGCGGGAGCGAGCACCAAAGGUGGCUUGGGCAAGGGACCGACGUUGGUGCGGAGGAUGGGGCCGUGUUUCUGGGCGUAGGGGCACUCUCGAGGCGGUCACUGCGCGCGGUCACUGACUGGAUGGAAGACGUGUAUACGUGGGGCGAGAGCGCGUAUGGCGUUGCUGAUGCUCCAGCAGCGGCGGGAUCACGGGUAAAGAGACGACGGCGGGGCGAGAGGAGCGGCGGUGUCGCCAAAGCGUCCCCUUCUGGGGUGGGUAGUAAGACUCAGAAAAAAGAGAAGGGUGAGCCUGGGGAACCGGAAACGGGCGGUGACGCCAGCAAGGCGGAUCGGAAUGACCACACAAAAACCUCGGCCGAAGGCGGCGAAGUCGCCGGUGGCAUGGACAAGAUGCUGAGCUAUCUCAAGUUUGGGUACGGCACGUACUGGUCUCUGGGAACCACCAGCCCCCCAAGCAACUCAGACGCCGGCGAUGAAUCAGCGGCGGACUCGGCCGCUGCUGAAGAUGCGCUCGGCCGGGAGUCCUCGCGAGCCCUUGAUGAUGGCUACUUCUUGCUUGGGCUAGAGGAGCCAAAGGCAGACCCAGAGCAGCCAGACCGCCCAUUACAGGGUGGCCCAGCAACGCCGCGGACCGUCACAGUCGAGCUUGAACCCGAAGUCUCCAGACAGAGGGAUCCGAACAAUGCCCGGUCGCCGGACCCUGACGCCCCACACACUUCACAGCCAAGGACAGCCCAGUUACGUCCCGUCAUCUAUAUACACAGACCCUUCAUAUACAUUCUGCUUUUUCAGCCGACCGGCACCGUCCUCCCCAGCUGGGAAGAGCUCUCUCGAUCCCUCCACUCGCAGCUCACUACCCUCCACAAGCCCCUCCUCAGCUCAACCGCCUACCGGCCGGAGAAGCCCCUUCCGGCGUCGCUCCAGAGCGAGAUCUACGACCUCGUCUUUGAUCCCAAAACACUCACAAUCCACUCGACCAUCCCCAGCAUCCCCGACCCGGUCUUUGUCGCCGAUUCCACCCCUGGAGGGCUCUUUGGCCCAUCACCACCGCCGCCACCGCCGCCCAAAUCCUCGCCAACAACAGCACCCUGGACCCGCGUGGAAGCGCUCAGCACGCACAAUCAGAUCCUCAACAUGUUUGCCGGUUCGCGCGGGGAGGCGGGUGCGUUGGAGCGGACUUGUAAGACGAGCCGCGGGUGGUGGGUCGUUUGGAGCCGCGUCCUCGAGCAGGGCCAAACAGCCGGGGCGGACAGGCGAUCGCCUUCGCCCGGCGGGUCGGAUGCGGGUCAGGAGGGCGCGAAUGACGGGGAUGGAUCUGGAUGCGGCAGCGGCCCAGCGGUGGGCAAGGAGAUCUUCCUCGUCCGGCGAGCGAGCGACCAGGGCGCCGGCGCCGGCGUCCGGAGCGUCGGCGCGGCGUCGUAUGUCGGCGGCGGUGCCUCGGCGGGGUGGGCGGAAGGGGCGAGCCGCCUGGCGCAAGGCAUCGGCGUCGAUACGAGAAGGUACAUUGAGGGGCUGUUGAGUCUUAACCGGUGAGCUCAUGAACGAGCUAUGGAGAUACUAGUAAAAGGGGGGAUCGAAUGACGACUGUAGGAGGGCAAGCUUAGGUCAAGUCAUGAUUCAUUCCUCGAAAAUGCCUCGAAUUUACCAUGGGGUGUCA